UCGGGCGUCCGCAGGGGAAGGAACGAGAUGGUCAGCCCGAGCGCCGCGGCAGCAAAAUGCUGGAUGGACACCGCCUGGUGCUGCUCCUGCUCCGCUGGCUCUGCUUCUCCGUCGCCGGCGGGGGGCCGGGACCGUCCCUUGCCUACUUCGGGUUGACUGGGAAUGAACCCCUGACCAUCCUCCCUCUGACCUUGGAAAUGGAGGAAGCUGCCGUCAAAGCCCAUUACAAAGUGUGUGACCGUCUGAAGCUGGAGAAGAAGCAGCGGAGGAUGUGCCGGCGAGACCCCGGCGUGGCCGAGACCCUCAUGGAGGCCAUCAGCAUGAGCGCCCUGGAGUGCCAGUACCAGUUCCGCUUUGAGCGCUGGAACUGCACCCUCGAGGGGCGCUACAGGGCCAGCCUUCUGAAGAGAGGCUUCAAGGAGACCGCCUUCCUCUUUGCCAUCUCUUCGGCGGGGCUCACCCACGCCAUGGCUAAGGCCUGCAGCGCCGGGCGCAUGGAGCGCUGCACCUGUGACGAAGCCCCCGACCUGGAGAACCGCGAAGCCUGGCAGUGGGGCGGCUGUGGGGACAACCUCAAGUACAGCAACAAAUUUGUCAAGGAGUUCCUCGGGAAGAAGUCCAACAAGGACCUCCGCGCCCGGGUGGACUUCCACAACAACUUGGUGGGCAUGAAGGUCAUCAAAGCUGGGGUUGAGACCACCUGCAAAUGCCACGGCGUGUCGGGAUCCUGCACCGUCCGGACCUGCUGGCGGCAGCUCUCUCCGUUCCACGAGAUCGGCAAGCAGCUGAAGCAGAAGUAUGAGACAGCGCUCAAAGUGGGCAGCACCACCAACGAAGCCACAGGCGAGGGAGACAUCUCUCCACCCAAGAAAUCCAUCCAGGGCCACGGCGACCAAAUCCCGAGGACUACAGACCUGGUCUAUAUUGACGACUCCCCGAGCUUUUGCCUGAUGAGCCGGUAUUCGCCCGGCACAUGGGGCAGGAAAUGUUACAAAGAUAAGAACUGUGAGAGCAUCUGCUGUGGCCGGGGCCACAACACCCAAAGCCGCGUGGUGACCCGGCCGUGCCAGUGCCAGGUCCGCUGGUGCUGUUACGUGGAGUGCAAGCAAUGCACGCAGAGGGAGGAGGUCUAUACGUGCAAAGACUGACAGGUCUGUGGUAUCAUCUAGUAGAUAUCCUACAACGAUGGGAAACACCACCAGGAGAUGACCAUCCAUGGAGGCGAAACAGGGUCUUGGCAGAUUUUUGGGUGGUGGAAAUGGUGGACCGAAUGCUCCAAGAUGAUGCAAGCACUUUUUUUGGGUAGUGGUAACCAACUGUAUGGUUUUCUGUGACCUUCCCUCCUUUUUUGUACCAGUCCAACUGAUUUCAGCAGCCCAAGAAGAUGGAUCAAAGUGCCUUUCACCUAUAAGGGGACAUUAGUUUUGGAGGUUAUCACCAAAGCAUCAGCAAAACUGUUCACCUUGACUGGAUGGGAUCCGUUUCUGUCUUUGUCCCUUUCUCAUCUCACAUGGUUCACAAAAACUCUCUGAGCUGAAUGAAGGCAUCCUGCUCAAGAGUCAAAGUUGUGACUUUGAUUUCAUUUUGGUCCUCUUUGUUCCACAGCUGACUGAGAUACCUCCAUAAAUAACUAAAGCAAAUGUUCCAAUGGAGAAUACAAUUUUAAAGAAGCGGCAUAAGGAAUGGGGGCAAUUGAGUUCUUUUUUGGCCCCUUCUCACACAUGAACUGAAAUUGGGAAGGGAUGUCUUCUUUGUUGAGUCUCCAGAAGUGGAAACGAAGCCUGCUUUGAAAGCAGGGGGAGCAUUGUGGUCCUUUGGAGAGACUUGGUGGCUAAAGCCACCCGCACUUUGCACCGGACAUUGUGAGGAUCCCUUCCCAAGGGACUCAUCCUGCCUUUCAAAUUGCUCCCUUUCAUUGACACGCUCCCUCAGAAUCCACUUGUUCACUCGCCACCUUCAUCGUCUACCUUGCCAAUGAGUCAUACCACUAGAGGCCUUCUUGUACAUUUCUGCCUCUUCGGAUCGUCUGGUUUCCUUACCUUGUGUCACUUCCAAGUCGCCUUAUGAUAGCUGCUUUGAAUCCUUAAUAUGGGCCGUAAUUCCUGGUUUCUGGAAUGAUGGUUAGAUAAGUCACCUUCUGGGGGAAAACAUCCCAUUGCCUUAAGGACCUUGCUUCAACUUUGCCUUGAUUUGUAAGCCAUUUGAGGAGACGACAGGUUGCCUCCUACGAUUCCUCCGUCUAUCAGCAGCACUGGUAGUAACCACCCGGAGCUCCGUGUGUGCCUUUAACUCUCUUGAAAACCACUAUGGGCGUGCAUAUUGGAGACAAGGAGAACCAAGAGCAGUGCAAACAUUUUGGAGGCCACGAAUGACCAGGAAUGGGAGAAGAAUAAACCAGAAAUGACCAAAAAUGAUUGAAACGAUGGCUGUGGGCUACUCGACAUUCCUUGGUCUGUUACAAUGGGGAUGUUACAAUUUGCGACGGGGCUGCGACAACUUUCCUUCAACAAUACUACUUUGGAUCAGAAGCAUCAGCGGGCGAACCUCGCGGCGCAGAGUCUUGUGUCGGGAGUCCCAUUGGCUGUGAGCACCUUCUGAUUCUCCUGUAGUGGCAAUUCCUCUAGUUUAACCCAAUAGACUUGCUUUUCCCUGCGAAACGGAGGCUUGGGGCGUACUUGUCCAAUCCUUUGAGGAUGUUCUCUCUCUUUCUUGGAGCUUCUUUCAAAUAAUAAUAAUGAUAAUAAUAAUAAUAAAGUAGCCACUUGUAUCCAAGCUAUAUUAUUGCACAUGUACCGGGAGCUCAUGGUCUUCGUCUUUGGAAUCACCAACCCCAUUGUUAUUAUUGGGGAAGGAGGAAAAGGAGGAAGAGUACUCCGUCCUUCCAUUUGUUAGUCCAAGAUCCUGUAGAUGUGGAAGAUCUAACUCUUGGGCAACUCUUUGAGACCUUCAGGAAUUGGUGUUCUCUCCGUCCCGGUGGCUCUGCACCAUUUUGCACCCGAACUGUCACCUUCCACUCAAAAGACAGUCCUGAAGUGAUGUGCAAAUGAUAUUCUUUAAGUGUAGCCUUUAAGACUGAUUGCAAGCAUAUUAUUCAGUGUGAAUACUUAUACAUAUAUAUAUAUGUGCCUAAAUAUAAAUAUUGAACAGUUAUUUAUUAAGUCUUUCAGAAGGACCUUCUUAUGGUUUCAAUGUGGUAUUGUGUUCAGUCCUCUCCUGAGCGUCGGCUUCUCUCUCCCCCAGUUUUGCUUGCACACCGGCUUUUGUCCCCCCAAAAGGCCUAACAUUUUCUGCACAGGGAAUGAAUAAUACGUUGUUUUAAUAUAUGAAUAUCUCAACCAUACUUUUUGUGUGUGGAUACAAAGCUAUUUUAUGUGCCAAAAAACUCCCCAAACAAAA